AUGAGCUCCAUCGCCGUCGCGUCCACACUGCUGCUGAUCACUGUCGGCUUGCUCCACGCAUCGCCACCCGCCGGAGCCGCUCGCGGCAGCCUCACCCGGGGCGCCGCCAUCGCCGUUGAGGACCACGCCACUGACUUCCUGGUGUCCCCGGAUGGCACGUUCGCCUGCGGGUUCUACAACGUGUCCCCCACCGUCUUCACCGUCUCCGUCUGGUUCGCGCGCGCCACCGGCCGCACCGUGGUCUGGACCGCCGCGCCCGCGCGCCCCGUGCACAGCAGGGGCGCCCGCCUCGCCCUUGACCGCCGCGGUGGCGUGCUCGUCCUCACGGACUACGACGGCGCCGUGGUGUGGAACUCCACCAGCGGCGGCGCCCAGACGGCGUCGCGCGCCCGGCUCCACGACACGGGCAACUUGGUGCUCGAGGACGCCGGCGGCAACACGCUGUGGCAGAGCUUCGACAGCCCCACAGACACGCUGCUCCCGGCGCAGCGGUUCACGGCGGCGAGGCACCUGGUGUCGCGCGGCGGCAGGGGCAGGCUGCUCGCCGCCGGCUACUACAGCCUGGGAUUCAGCGACUACGCCAUGCUCUCCCUCUUCUACGACAACCACAACUUCUCCAGCAUCUACUGGCCCAACCCCUACAACAACUACGUCGCCAACAAGCGCAAGAUCUACAACUUCACCCGCGAGGCCGCGCUCGACGCCAUCGGCCAGUUCCUCUCCAGCGACGACGCCGGCUUCGUCGCCGCCGACCUCAGCGCCGGCGUCAGGAGGCGCCUGACGCUGGACGCCGACGGCGACCUCAGGCUGUACAGCCUUGACGCGGCGACGGGGGCGUGGACGGUGGCGUGGAUGGCGUUCGGCAACCCCUGCAUCAUCCACGGCGUCUGCGGCGCCAACUCGGUGUGCCUCUACGCGCCCGCGCCGGCGUGCGUCUGCGCGCCGGGACACGAGCGCGCCGACCCCGGCGACUGGACCAAGGGAUGCCGGCCGGUGUUCCGCCACGACUGCUCGCGGCCGACGAAGCUGGUGGCGCUGCCGCAUACGGACUUCUGGGGCUACGACCUCAACGACGGCGAGAUCAUUCCGUUCGAUGAGUGCGCGCAGAGGUGCCUGGGCACCUGCGCGUGCGUGGCGUUCCAGCACAAGCAGAACAUGGAGUGCUACCUCAAGAGCGUCCUCUUCAACGGCAGGACGUUCCCGGGUUUGCCGGGGACCGUGUACAUCAAGGUUCCAGCCGACUUUGACAUGCCAGAGUUCCAAGUGCAUCAAUGGCGGGGGCACGGUGGCGCCCUUGCCAUCGAUGAAGACAUCCCCCGGUGCGACACCGGCAAUGGCAGUGCAGAGGUUCUCCUUCAUGUCUCCACCAAUAAUGGCGCGAGAGACGUGGGGAAGCCAGUGUGGCCGUACUUGUACGGAUUUCUUUCGGCCAUACUCGUCGUCGAGGCGGUCAUCAUCGGGUUCGGCUGCUGGCUCUUCUCCAGCAGGGGACUCUUCAGGCCAUCAAGGGUGUGGGCAGUUGAGGAAGGUUACAAGCUGAUCACCAACAACUUCCAGAGGUACACCUACUCGGAGAUCAAGAGAGCCACCGGCAACUUUACCGACGUGAUCGGCAGCGGCGGCUCCGGCGUCGUGUACAAGGGAAUUUUGGAGGACGACAGGGUAGUGGCCGUCAAGGUGCUCAAGAACGUGAGCCAGAGUGAGCAAGAGUUCCAGUCCGAGCUGAGUGUGAUAGGAAGGAUCUACCACAUGAACUUGGUCAGGAUGUGGGGGUGCUGCUCUGAGGGAAAACACAGGAUUCUGGUCUCUGAACACAUUGAAAAUGGGUCACUUGCAGAUAUGCUAUUUGACAGGGAGGCAUCAGAUACUGUUCUUGAUUGGAAUCAACGUUUUCAGAUCGCUUUAGGCGUUGCGAAAGGAUUGGCGUACCUUCACAGUGAGUGCUUGGAAUGGAUCAUCCACUGUGACAUGAAGCCUGAGAACAUACUUCUGGACAAGGAUUUGGAGCCUAAGAUAACCGAUUUCGGGUUGGCGAAACUGCUAAACCGAGACGGUUCCGAUGCGAAUCUGUCCCGGAUCAGGGGAACCAGGGGGUACAUGGCCCCAGAGUGGGUGUCCAGCUUACCGAUCACGGAAAAGGUUGAUGUGUAUAGCUAUGGAGUGGUGCUGCUUGAGCUAGUGAAGGGGGUUAGGAUUUCAGAAUGGAUGAUCCAUGGGGUUAAGUUUGCUGACAUGGUUACUAGGAUGGUUGUGAAGGCAGUCCAUGAGAAGAUGGAAACCGGUGAUCAGGAAAGAUGGGUGAAGGAUCUUAUCGAUCAUCGACUGAAUGGUGAGUUCGAUCAUGUGCAAGCGAAGGCGAUGCUUAAGAUCGCCAUUUCAUGCCUGGAGGAAGAUAGAGGCAAGCGGCCCAACAUGAGCACUGCUCUGCAGGCACUCAUGUCAGUUGAAGAUGAAGCAAGAGAAGACAUGUGAUUGUUUUUGCUGCCGGUCCAUGUUUCGUUGAACUGAAAUCUUUAAAAUCAAUACAGUACUCUGAUGUCAGCCCUCUUGCCAACCGAUCGUUUUAAUUAGGUUACUAAUUUUCU